CCGCAAUAAGUUUGAAUAGCAAGCCAUUCUCUAAUCAAACCCAUAUCGAAACGAAUCGAAAGCAGUCACUUAAUUUAAAAUGAAGAUUUUUAUAAGUUUAGCAAUUGUGUGUUUAAUUGCCAGUGCAUCAGCUGAUUUUAUAGAAGCAGAAACUUUUUGUAAAAAACAAGAAAAUCUCCUAGGCGAAGAAUUCGAAAAAUUUAAGUAUGGCUGGGAUGAGGCUAAUUUCAGCCUCACUCCUGUCAUGAUCAAUUUUAUUGCCUGUUUCUACGAAAAGGUCGGUUUUAUAAAAAACAAUACUAUCCAGGAAGAUUCUAUAUUACUACAAACCGAUAAUAACGUACGAAGUAGGAAAAUAUUUGUCGACAAUUGUAAGCAUGUUGUGGGCAAGGAUCGGUUAGAAACUGCAUCAUAUUUAUUUAAAUGUUUUCAGAAAAUAAAACUUUCAUCGGAAUAAUGAAUAAUA